AGGACGAAGAGGAGAGGGCUGGUUGUCGGACCCAUGGUUUUCAACCAACCAAAUGACCGAAUGCAGAUCGACCUCGUCGAUAUGCAAACCAUGGCUGACGGGGAGUGGAAGUGGAUUCUGGUGUGUCAGGACCACUUGACCAAAUUCAUCCACCUUCGCCCAUUGAAGUCAAAGCGGGCCAUCGAGGUGGCUGAGCAUGUGCUGAGUAUCUUCUUGGUGUUUGGCGCUCCCACGGUUCCCCAGAGCGACAAUGGCAGAGAGUUCUGCAACGCCAUCAUCGACUCACUGCGAGAGACGUGGCCCGAGCUCAAGAUUGUCCAUGGGCGGCCUCGUCACUCGCAGAGCCAGGGGAGCGUCGAACGUGCUAACCAAGAUAUCCAGGACAUGCUCACCGCCUGGAUGAUGACAUACAACUCGACGGAGUGGGUAAAGGGGCUGCAAUACGUGGCGUCCAAAAAGAACAGAGCCAUUCACCAGGGCACCGGGCGUUCGCCGUACGAGGCUGUCUUUGGCACGUCCAUGAUGAAGGUGGGAAUCACAACAGCCAUACCCAGUACCACGGUGCCUCAAAUGGCCACCGAAGAGAAACUCCAGGAGUUUUUGGAGGGUAUUAACGUCGGCAGCGGCGGCCCCGGCAGCCCUCCCAGCAGCCCCCGACCACCCCCUCCCGGACAACCUCCCCUCGGUUUAAAACUUCCCGUCUAACUUCCCUUCUUGUUGUGUCCAAUACAACAAUAUUCCUCUAUAUCCUUUCAUAUCCCUUUGCGCAGGACGCAGAGUUACCGCCCGCCCUCCGCCCGUACAGUCUCCACCCCAGACCCGCCCGUCCCCUCUCAAGACACCCCCUCGCCCAAGCACCUACCGGACGCGUACCUUCGUGCGGUCUCCCUCUCUCUCCCCUCAUGCAUCCGCGGUCCAGGUCCAGGGCGCUCGUGCGCUGGCAGCCAUCCGCUCCCGCCCUGAGCUUGUUACACCUGUGUCAGCCCCGCGCUUCAGUGGGUGGGACGUCCCGAGCACAUCGGCUCAGCAGUGCACUGGAUGUGGGCGCGACUCUGCAUUCAACGAGACCUGCGCAGGGUGUGGGCGACCUGUCCACACUCUCUGUGCGCAUGCCGGUUUCUUGUGCACAUUCUGCCAAAGAGCUGGCAACAUCCAGAGGCAUCAGGCAGCAGCUGGACAAGGCCUCC